AUGGGGGCGGAAGAUUCACGGACGCUUCAAGAACCACUGCUGGAAAAGGCCCUUUACGAGGACGACGACCACCACCACCACCACGGCCACCAGCAAGUCUCUUUACCCGGCACAGCGUCGCGAAUUCUUUCCAAGGCAGCCAUGCUUCUCAAACCGCAUCACGCCUACCGGCUCGGCAAACGCUUCGCGUACUGCUUCGUCCCUCAGCUCCUGCGAUCGCGGAUAUGGGGAGAGGAAGCGCCCAAACCCAAGCAGUUCUCGACCAGUUACCUGAACGGCCUCCGAGGCAUCACCUCCCUCAAAGUCUUCACCUUCCACUGGCUCAUGGCCUUCACGGGUGCCGGGUUCAUGCCCUGGGGUUGUGACGAGCGCCACAAGUACAUCCUCGAAUUGCCCAUCAUCCGAUACUUUUACGCCGGCUUCACUGCCCACGUCUUCUUCGGGAUAGCAGGCUAUCUCACCACCUUACGACUGUUUCAACUAAUCGACCGGCACGACCAAGCGUCCAAUUCCAAAGUCCUGCUCAAUGUCUCGGGCGCUCUCUUUCGCCGCGCCUUCAGACUCUACCUCCCGACCUUUAUCAUCACGCUGAUCACCGCCCACUACAUCUACUUUGGCUUCUACGAAGCGAACCGUCCGUUCCUGCUCGACCACGGCAAGCUCUUCCCGGGAGACUGGAACGAGCCCAAACCAAUACGCUUCGACUCGUACUGGGGCCAAAUGCACUUUUGGGGCCGUGAGAUGUUCGACCUCUCCAACAUCUUCACCUAUGGCGCCGUGUAUCCGUGGCACGACCAACACCUGUGGUCGAUCCUCGCCGAGCUCAAGGGGUCCCUGUUCUUGUACAUGAUCUUGAUCGCCACCGCGCAGUGCAGAGUCUACGUCCGUUUCGCCGUCAUGUGCGCCAUGACAUACCUGUACUUCCUCUGGAAUCAUUGGGAAAUUUGGGUGUACAUUCUCGGAGCGAUCGUGGCGCAGAUCGAUCUCCUCUUGACCGAGCGCGACGAGAAGAACAAACAGGUCCUGCCGACUCCGGACCGUCUGCCACCAUCGCCUCCUCGCUCGCCGGCGCCAGAGAUGGAAAAGCGCGAAGAUAGAGGCGGCACAUUGCAGCAGUACAGACAAACCUACCUGCCGUCCUCGAGACGUUCGUGGCUGCGCUUCUUCGGAUUCUUUGUCGCCUUUUACUUCCUGUCGUAUCCCAUCCACGGCUCUCGAGACUAUGCUCCCGGAUACAUGUGGCUGAACAAGCUGAUUCCAGAAUGGAUGGAUCGAAAAGACAAGUUUUACGCCAACAUCGGCACCGCGAUUCUCCUGUUGCUGCUCGCCCGCUCGGACCCACAGACGUCCAAAUGGCGACGGAUCCUCAACAGCAGCCGCGCGCAGUACUUUGGCAAGAUCAGCUUCGGCCUGUACCUGACCCACGGACCGGUGUUGCACGCUUUCGGUUACAUGAUCCCUCAGAGAAUCUGGUGGAUGAUGGGCACCCAGGGUGUCGACACGACUGACGCAGUCUGGGCCGCCGUGCUCUUUGUCGGCUGGGCCAUCAACCUCACUUGUUGUCUCUGGGUGGCUGACGUCUGGACUCGCGAAGUCGAAAGCCGAUGUGUAAAGGCGGUGAAGAAGUUGGAGGAUUUCUGCUUCGUCAAGACCAAAUAA